CUGGCCGAACCCCCCUCCAAGAGCACCCACUCAACAGCAUCUCUCUCACAAUCAAUCUUGUUCCAAAUCUGAACAUUAAUUAACAAUCCUUCCUUUCUUCCUUACCAUGCCAGCUAAAGCCCCAAUAGACGAGAACGUCAAGUUCCUAUUUGCAUGUCUUAUUAGGAGCGAUUACAAAACUAUUGACUUCACCCGCGUAGCAGCAGACUUCAGCAUCAACCCCGCGGCGGCCAGAAUGCGCUGGAGCAGGCUUAAGAAGACCAUCAAUGUGGACGACAUCGCUGCCUCGAUACUGGAUGGGAAGAAGCGGAGGAUGAGUAAAGCUCGGCCAUCUCUACUUUCUUCUUCUGUCAAGAUGGAAAAAGCCGAGGAUGGAGCUCCGCAACCUCCCCCCGCUGCUACCGCUUCAACAGUGGGCAUCGUGCUUAAGGAAGAGGAAGUAGCCACGCCGGAGGAGGAGGCGUUAGCCCCGGUGUUAUUCGCCGGUUUACCAAAGCCAUCGAAAUGCAAGAAGGCUGGGGCCGAGAAACAGGUUGCCAUACCGGUUGUUGUUGGUGAAGCAGCGGGGACGGCAGGUAGAUUCGCUGCAACGCAGGUUCCACAUUUACCUAGAGUUGCUGAGGUAGCAGCGGCAGUGGUGGGGGCUCCCGAGGCAAAAUCACGACCUCCCAUACCCCGAAAACCCUUUCCACCGGCACCGGUGGUCCAAGUGCCUCCUAUGCUCAAGUCUAAGCCAGAGACUCAGUUAAAGGGGGAGGGGGAUGGAAAUGCCAUGAAACCCGAGUCUUCCCCCACCGACCCGGUACGCGAAAAUGCCGCCAGCACGGCAAUAGCAAUCCUCACCGCCAAAGGGUCGAAAAAGAGGAAAGUGGAGAGCACGUGAUGUCUAUUCUAAAUAAAAAAUACCCAGCAUCGUGCGGGAGAGAAGGGGUCUGUACUCAAAUUGUUUGGAAGUAAGGGGAAGGUGCCGACUAGGAUUAAAUGUACUCUUCUCUUUGUUCUUUCUUUUUCUUUUUCUUGUAUUUGGAAUUUCCAAACACC